CCCUUUCCGCGCAGAGCAGGCCAAGAUGGCAGAAGUGGAGCAGAAGAAGAAGCGAACUUUCCGCAAGUUCACCUACAGAGGAGUGGAUCUGGACCAGCUGCUCGAUAUGUCCUAUGAGCAGCUGAUGCAGCUGUACAGCGCCCGCCAGCGCCGCCGCCUCAACCGGGGGCUGCGCCGGAAGCAGCACUCCCUGCUGAAGCGCCUUCGUAAGGCCAAGAAGGAGGCACCGCCCAUGGAGAAGCCCGAGGUGGUGAAGACCCACCUGCGGGAUAUGAUCAUCCUCCCCGAGAUGGUGGGCAGCAUGGUGGGCGUCUACAACGGCAAGACCUUCAACCAGGUGGAGAUCAAGCCUGAGAUGAUCGGUCACUACUUGGGGGAGUUCUCCAUCACCUACAAGCCGGUGAAGCACGGCCGGCCCGGGAUCGGUGCCACCCACUCCUCCAGGUUCAUCCCACUGAAAUAAACGGGAGCUUUGGGAAACGUGUUCUCUGUGUCAAUAAAGGAGUUCCCCCCUCGGCUGCCUCUGAUCUGGGGGAGGCCUCAGAGGAUCUGC